AUGGCACAGAGAGCACACGACCUCGCCUUGAGCGUCGUAAACGGCGUUCGCCAUGACUCGAGAAAGCGAUACUUGGCAAUAGCCGUCGCGGCCUUCACUUCGUUGACUAUUGGCCGCGCCGCAUGGAAAGACUACAGACUGUAUCGCAGCUACGGGCCCGGCGGGCUCCCAUCCAACGCGUUUGGAUGGGCUGUCUCCAACAUCCUGCGCCUCUUCGGGAUUGACAUGACGGACGUGAGCAAGGCCGAGAAAGACGCAGAUCAGAGAUCGUGGCUCGGCGAGGACUGGCCGUCGAAGAAGUCAAGGGACGGUUCGAGGCCGUCGGUCGGUCCUCAUCCGAUCCCCCAGAGACAACUCGACCAAUAUGGUCCCAAGGACGUUCAGCAGAAAUUCCUCGACGACUUUACUACCCUAGGCAAACAGAACCCAGACCUGGUGACUUUCAAGCGGUCCCAGUAUGAAAGACACACCGACGCUGCCAUGUGGGUGGUCGAAUCUUCUCCCGUCUACGCUCUCAGACGAAGCCACACGCGGGAGGUUUCUCACAUCCACACGAACACAGACUACUCGGCGCACGUGGUGCUGUCGCCCAGGGACGCGGCCAAGGUGAUCCGAGCCGGCUGGGGCCAGCUUCACGCGCUCUCUGGAGUAUCGCUCUUUGGCAAGACCGCCGUUCCGCCGGGCUAUGUCAUGCUUUAUUCUGCACGGAGUGACGACGAGGUCGACGUCUUGAUCGAGAUCAUCAAAGCGGGCAUUGGCUUCAUGACGAAUGCGAGUGUGGUGCAACCGUCUGUUGUCGAGGACAAUCAAAAUCUGGCUUCUGAUUGA